AAGGAAUUAAAAGCUUUUAUUCAACAACAACUAAUGAGAACAAAAAGACAUUAUACAACCAAAACUAUUGAAAUGGCAACAAAACACAUAUUAGUUGAUGAAUUAAUUGCAGGUGUAGAUGCGGCACUUGAUUUACUAAAAACAUGGUUGGGAAUGUGGAUACAUUUAUCUUUGAGCAUAUGUCGUCUAGGAGGUGACAAUAGAUAUGAAUUUGCUUAUGCAUAUGCCAAAGUCAUCUUGAAAAUGCCAUGGAAUUAUAAUACAACCAAAAUACAAUAUUAUAUUCAAGAACUUGAAUAUAAUAUUGAUUCAGGUACAGAGUUUCAAGACUUUGGCUUAUGUGAAGCACUAAAAGAUCCAGCAUUUUUUGAAGAAUUU